AUGGCGUCACCACCCAUGCGAGCCGGGCAACAACAGGGCCAGCACGUCCUAGAUCUCCAGGAUAUGGACGGAGGAGGCGCGGAUCUAGACUCUACGGUUGGCAUCCAGCUCAUCGCCAAGGCCAGGAGGCUUUCGAUCGCCUCGGGACCCAGGUGCGAAGUGGAGGUCUUCGCGGGCCCGGCGGACAGCGAUCGCCCACUAGCUUCGAAAACACCAGCAUGUUCUUCAAAUGCCAAUGCCCAACCAUAUGCAGCCACGCUGGGGGAGUGGCGAGAAGACUCUACCCCCGCGAUCACAGCGACGGGAGCUCUGGUGACGGUGACAACUGCUCCAUUCUCUUCGAUGAUACCGACUUGUGCUGGAGCUGGGGUUGUCGAUGGGGAUGUGAACGUUGCUGGCACAUCCCACCACCUCCGAACCCUCUCGCUCGCCCCCUACACACACCAGACCCGUCUCCGGCGCGCGCGGACCCUCCUCCCGCCGCUGCUGACCUCGCCCACGCGGCCCUCGCGGGCCGACCUGAUCCGGCGCUCCAUCGUGCUCACCCACGCCACCUUCGCCUCGCGCCGCCUCGCCCACCGCCUCGCCUCCAUCCGCCUCGCCCGCAGCCUGGCCGCGCGCCCCACCCCGGAGGUCCUCGUCGAGCGCUGCGUGCUCCCCGCCGAGUGCCUCCCCCGGGGCGCCGCCGCCGCGCCCGUCGCGCCCGCGCUGGUGGCGCGUAAAAGGGCGGUGGAGAGGGAGCGCGUCAAGGAUGGCCUGCGCGCGUGGGUGGGGAGUGUGUGGAAGGGGGAGGUGGGCAGGCGGGAGGAGGGGGUGAGGCGGUGGGAGGAGCGGGCGGGUGUGGGGAGGGUGUGGAGGUUGAGACGGUUUUGGGAGGGGGUUGGGAAGGGGGAGGCGUGA